AUGGGAGACUACGGAGAGGGAGGUGAUUCCGUCCAUUUCUUGCUAAUUGCCGUAAAAAACGGCCUGGAAGAUGCGGCGCCGCACAAGACUGGCGCGCUCCAAUCGAACCUCUUGUACAAAAUGCAUCCCAUGGAAGUCGCGGGUCCCCAUUCUCGGCGACCACAGACCACAGCGUCGCAGCCAUCGGCGCAGGCGACGACGACGACUCGCAGCGGCGAAUACCAGCUAACUGAGCUGAAAAAUGUCGGAACGCGAUCAGGCAGAAUCGUUGGGAACGAUUUCGAGCGUACUGAGAAGGACUUCCCCACCAUUGAACCAUCGAUCGACGAAGAGUUGGUGUUGAGCGGAACGACUUCUGAGUCACAAACACGUGAUAACAAUGACGAAGAUUUCCAGCUGCGCCUAAUCAAUGCAGUACGUGAGAAUCCUUGCCUUUACGAUCCUCUGAACGAAUUCUAUCGGGAUAAGCCAGAGAACAACAAAUUCCGACUUAGAAUAUGGGAUCAGAUUGCCGAAGAUCUACAUUGGCAGUCGGAUUUGAAUUCUCUGAUUGAUGAGUGGGAUCGACUGCGCGACCUUUACAUCCAAAGAAAAACAGAACGAGCCGAGGAUGCCGACAGAUUGUGCCCGGACGGAGAUUUUCUAUCGGAGUCAAUGCAGUGGAUUGACGAAUACAUUUUUGAAGAUGCACCACUUUCCACUCAAUCUCAUUUAUCCCUCUCGCCUUCGAAUGCGCAGGAUGUAUAUUUUAACGAGGUGAACCACGAUGUGAUGAUCUCAGGAUAUCAGCAGCCGUCACAGCCGACUACAACUCAUCAGCGUUUAGCACAGUCCGAAUCGCAAAGUGGAGGCUACAUUCUGCUUCGCCAGUCAAGCCCUAGUGGAGGUCAAACAACAAUCCGAGUGGUCGGUGGUAACAAUGCAGGAGGAGAAAGUGCUGGCACACGAAGUGGAACAGCAUCGACUCAAGCUCAAAAGACGGCAACAGUCCCUGCUACGCGUUCUCAGCGUGUUCAGAUUACAUCUUCCAAUUCGCAAUUCGUCCAGAAAGUUUCUCAUGAAGGAAUGACUGUCACUGCUAGUGGAAAUGCUGGGAUGGUUGGUAAUGUAAAGAAAGAUACAAUGACUAUGAUAAUCGACCCUACCACGUACUACACAAAUGGCGCUCAGAAAAUGUACAGACUUGUAAGUGUGGGCGAUGUGGAUUCCGGUGGUCCACCGCGAAAACGAAUGGCGGUUAUGUCGAAAUCGUCCGCUUCAAACCCUCAGCACAGUGGCUCCAUAGCUAAUGAUGGGUCCUCAAUUGAUUUAAAUAGUGGAUCAAGUUCCGCUGCUGGUUCUCGCGGUCAGCUUGGGGAUGAUAUCAUUAUCGAUGAUGGCAUAGACGAGCGCACCGUCGUUAUCGAACAGCAUGAUUCAGACUCACCGUUGUUGGGCGAUUCGCCACUCAGCACUAUGAUGGUCAGUGGUCAUCAGGCUGUACCUCGGGGAAGUCAGGCACGCCACAUGCAGUUGUCGAUGAGUGAUCAGCUGCGACCACAGACACGAGUGGUAGCUUCACCUCAACACCACUCUCCUUCGCUUGGUUCAGGGUACCUUCAGCAAAGUCAGUACGAUGCUGAUCUUCAGUUCCAACAGUUCAUCAGCCAGAACCUAAGUCUCCUUAAUGACGACGAGAAAGCUAUCGCAAAGAUGCAUAUCCAAAAGAUUCUCAUGGAUGCUCGGUUUGGGCAAGGCACAUGUCUUCGCAUUAUGCAAGAAGAAGAAAUGGCGUCACAGGGAGAUGCUGGAGCUCCGUCGAACGCAAGAGACGGUUCUCGACCGCUGGAUAUGUAG